CCGGUGAGCGCAGGAGUAGAAGCGAGGCUCGGCAGCAGGCGGGGAGCCAGGGCGCCCCGGGGUCCGGCACGCUCCGGGGAGGGUACUGGGAGGGCUCCCGGGAGCGCCACCGGGAGAGGAAGGUGAAGCGCAGGGCCAAGGGCACGAAGCAGGUCGAGAGUAAGUACCGGCUGGAGAAGAAGCCCAACCUCCUGCCGGAGCGAAGGCAGGCGGAGACCCAGAAGAACGUGGUGUUGAAGGGGGAGACGAGCGAAGCCUGUCCCUGCUGGUUGUCGGAGCAGCGACGACGGCCGCCCACCACCCGAAUCAGCCUCUCCCCCAAACCUCGCCGCCAGUCGCAGUGGUCCUCGCUCUGCCACACCUCGGUCAGUGUCAUUAACGAGCUGGCGCAGAUGGGCGACCCAGACGUCCUGGAAAUGGUGCAGGAGGAAGAGAGAAUAUCCAAUAGAGAAGCAGAAUAUAUUUUCGGAAUGAAUGAGCAGUCCCUGAGCAGCAGAGAGACCAGCUUUCUCAUCAGUGAAGAACCAGCGUCUGCAAAGCGAUACAAUUUGUUCCUGAAGCGACGUCUUUUGUUUAAAAAAGAUGAACAAAGCAAAGAUUCUAUCUUCUUCCGAGAUGGGAUUAGGCAAAUUGAUUUUGUGCUCUCCUAUGUUGAUGAUUUAAAGAAAGAAGCAGACCCCAAGGCGGAAAGGAGAAAAGAAUUUGAACAAAAUCUCAGAAAAACAGGUCUUGAGUUGGAAAUUGAAGACAAAAGGAACUCUGAAGAUGGAAAGACGUAUUUUGUCAAGAUUCAUGCCCCUUGGGAGGUCCUAGUCACUUAUGCUGAAGUGUUGGGAAUCAAGAUGCCUAUUAAGGAGAGCGAUAUUCCUCUGCCCGAGAAUAUCCCAUUCAGCUGUAUGCUUGAGCCUCUGAAGCUCCCAAAGAAUGUGAAGCACCCUCAUCCUGAAUACUUCACUGCCCAAUUCACCAGACAUCGGCAGGAACUCUUCCUCAUUGAAGACAAAUCAAGCUUCUUUCCGUCCUCAUCAAGAAACAGAAUUGUUUAUUAUAUUCUCUCACGGUGUCCUUUUGGCGUAGAAGAUGGGAAGAAAAAGUUUGGGAUUGAAAGACUGCUAAAUUCUAAUACCUAUUCAUCUGCCUAUCCACUCCAUGAUGGUCAAUAUUGGAAGCCAUCAGAACCUCCUAACCCUGUCAACGAGAGGUACACACUUUGCCAGAAUUGGGCUCGGUUUUCCUAUUUUUACAAGGAGCAGCCUUUAGAUUUGAUUAGGGAUUAUUAUGGAGAAAAGAUUGGCAUGUAUUUUGUCUUUCUUGGAUUUUACACGGAAAUGCUGUCCUUUGCGGCUGUCGUUGGCUUAGCUUGUUUCAUUUACGGCUUAUUAUCAAUGGAUAAUAACUCAAGCAGCACUGAAAUCUGUGACCCUAAGAUUGGAGGGCAGAUUAUCAUGUGCCCGCUCUGUGAUCUAGUGUGUGAUUAUUGGAGACUAAAUACUACGUGUUUGGCUUCAAAGAUCUCGCAUUUGUUUGAUAACGAGUCCACAGUGUUCUUUGCAAUAUUCAUGGGAAUUUGGGUCACAUUGUUUUUGGAGUUUUGGAAACAGCGACAAGCCAGAAUGGAAUAUGAGUGGGACCUGGUGGACUUUGAAGAGGAACAGCAGCAGCUUCAGCUGAGACCUGAAUUUGAAGCUAUGUGUAAACACAGGAAAAUAAAUGCAGUAACUAAGGAGAUGGAACCUUAUAUGCCUCUAUAUAGUCGCCUUCCAUGGUACUUUUUAUCAGGAGCUACGGUGACGUUAUGGAUGGCUCUUGUCAUUGCCUGUAUGGUAGCUGUGAUUGUGUACCGCCUGUCAGUCUUUGCUACAUUUGCUAGCUUUAUGGAAAGUGAAGCAUCCUUUAAGCAUGUCAAAAGUUUCCUCACUCCCCAGAUAACUACAUCACUCAGUGGAUCCUGCUUAAACUUUAUCGUCAUCUUGAUCUUGAAUUUCUUUUAUGAAAAGAUAUCUGCGUGGAUUACAAAAAUGGAAAUUCCUCGAACUUACCAGGAAUAUGAGAGCAGUCUUACCUUGAAAAUGUUCCUGUUUCAGUUUGUAAAUUUUUACUCGUCCUGCUUCUACGUAGCUUUCUUUAAAGGGAAGUUCGUGGGCUAUCCCGGAAAAUACACGUAUUUGUUUAAUGUGUGGAGAAGUGAAGAGUGUGAUCCUGGAGGCUGUCUAAUAGAAUUGACGACCCAGUUGACCAUCAUAAUGACUGGGAAACAGAUCUUUGGAAACAUUAAAGAAGCCAUUUAUCCUAUGGUUCUGAAUUGGUGGAGACGUCGAAAAGCUCGGACCAAUUCCGAAAAGCUAUACAGUCGAUGGGAGCAGGAUCAUGACCUUGAAACUUUUGGAUCUCUUGGGCUGUUCUAUGAGUACUUAGAAACAGUUAUCCAAUUUGGAUUUGUCACAUUAUUUGUGGCCUCUUUUCCUUUGGCUCCUCUUCUUGCUCUCUUGAAUAAUAUUAUAGAGAUCCGAGUAGAUGCCUGGAAACUUACAACUCAGUACAGGAGACCGGUAGCUGCUAAAGCUCAUAGCAUAGGUGUUUGGCAAGACAUUCUUUAUGGAAUGGCUGUCCUUUCUGUUGCAACUAAUGCUUUUAUUGUUGCAUUUACCUCGGACAUCAUUCCCCGUUUAGUUUACUACUAUGCCUACUCAAAGGAUGCCACUGCACCCAUGAAAGGAUAUGUCAAUGACAGCCUGUCAACAUUCCUGAUAGCUGAUUUUCCAAACCACACUGCACCUUGGGAGAAACGAGACUUCACCACUUGCAGGUACAGGGAUUACAGAUAUCCACCUGAUCAUGACCAGAAAUAUUUUCAUAAUAUGCAGUACUGGCACGUCCUUGCUGCCAAGAUGACUUUCAUCAUUGUUAUGGAACACGUUGUGUUUUUAGUUAAAUUUUUGUUGGCCUGGAUGAUUCCUGAUGUUCCAAAAGAUGUUCUGGAGAGAAUCAAGAGAGAAAAGUUAAUGACUAUCAAGAUUCUCCAUGACUUUGAGCUUAACAAAUUAAAAGAGAACUUGAGAGCUAAUUCAAGUGAACUUGCCAAAGAAGUCCUGAUUCAGGAAAACAAAACACAACUGGCUAAAUCAACAGUCUAAUCAACAUAAUGAACAAGCCACUGGUUGCCUGUUAGGCUUCACAAUUUUCCAUGGGUUUUCAGGCCAGAGGCCAGAAGCCACACGUCAGUUUCACCCUGCCUCCUCCUCCUCCUCCUUCUUUUUUAACUGAGAGUUUUCUGUACCCUUUUACAGAGGCCAACUUUGUGAGGUUGGAAGAAUACCACUUGUCUGCUUCAUUGACUGAGCCCUCUGCAGAUAUUGUUUUCUGGAGUUCUAAAAAUGAUUGUUAAGAGUGCAUAUCAAAUCAGAAUAGUGGAAAAUCAUGGGAUGUUGCAGUUUAGAAUUAAACACUGGACUUGGGCCAUCCCAUCAUGUUCCAGUGCAUCUGCACAUUUUCAUGGUCUCCUAUGGGGGUUGUUUUAUAACUUCCUCCCAUCAAGAAAAAUGUUGGGACAUGGAGAAAAGAAGUGAAGAGGCCUACUGAGCCAUCUGUAUCCUGCCAUCUUCGACCAUGUGAAUGAAACCCCCAAAUUAAACGACUUAAGAAAACUCACUUAUUAAAUGCGUUGAGUAAAUAUCAUGGCAAGGAUUUGUUCUUGAAAUCAUCCUGAAUAAGGUAAACUUCCAUCAGAAUCCCAGAUAGCCCUUCCAGGUCAAUGCAGAAUUGAUUUUUCAAGAGACUGGACAUUUGGGUUUCAACAAAAGUCUAACAUCUCAGUUCUUUAAAGACGACAUUUUGGUCACGGCAAUUUCAAGUGUGGAUUGUUAUCUGGAAAACAGCAUUAAGUUGUUAGGUUGCUUCAGUUCUUCAAGUAAAUGAAAGAUAUUGUAGAGAAGUAAAUGUGUCUUCUUACUAGUUAAUAAACACAGGACAAUGAAUAUUGAUUAAUUUGUUGAGCUUAAUCUAUAAAAAAUCAUUGAAUUUUUAAAAAUCAUUUUUCUUCUACAAUGUGUAUUUUGCAUCAUGAAACCUGUUUGAGCAUUAGCUCUUUGUAUAAGUUAGGUACAAGUUGUUUAUGAAAUUUGAUCUCUCUGUUUAAAGCGAUCUCAAGUCUUUUCAUGGGUUUACACUGGUUUCUAUUGAUGCAUUCAUUGCUCCAUACAGUGCUCAGUGCCUUGUCCCUAUGCCUUUGACACACAAGAAGUGGUUGUGCUGUUCAUCUGAUGUGAUGUCACAUCUCAAAUGUUAGCUUCUUUUAGAGAAAUUGUCAAUUUAACAUUAUUCACGGAGUUUAACACCAAAAGAUCAACCAAGGAAGAAGGGGGUGAUGGAUUUGAUAGCUAAGUGAGAAAAAAUUAAUUGAAUGAUUUCUCUCAUAUGUAGGCCUAUGGCACAUGUACACCUGUUCUUCUUUCUCUUAAAAAUACUUCAUCCAUAUUUUUAACAUUAUAGAGUGAGAGAUACAGUUCAGUUAUAUAGUAUUUGCGUCUGUAGCUUCAAAUUACACUUCACUUCCAAAAAAAUGGUGUUUUUUUUUUAAAUUGUAUACAAAAGGAGAAACUUUAUCACAAGAUUUUUUUAGGUAGUAUUUCAUUAUUUGAUCCUAAUACAUUUUUGUAGAAUUGCCAAUAUUAAGUAUAUGGCAGGUGGUAUUAACUGGUGUUCAGUAUUAAGCAUUUAGAAAUGAGGAUUAUGAAUUUUAUAAAACCAUGAGACAGUUACCCCAAUAUUGGCAGUAAUGAUUUGGCAUCCACUGGGUAUAUUUUAUAAAAAAAACAUUUUUGUGUAAUUUAAAAUGAUCUCAUUAUUGAAAAAAUGAUUUCAUAAGAAGAGGAGACCUAUUUUUUGCUUGAGAACACCAGUCAAUGUUACUAUGAAAUAAGCCACAGAUGCAGUAUCUUUGGCUUGUGAAAUCAAACUCUUUGUUACUACAGUGUUGUCCCUUGUGCACAGCUCAUACAUAUUGCUUUCUUCCAGGUGCUAAUAAAAAUAAGGAAGAGUGUGGAAAUUGGUUUCUUGGAUAUAAGUUUUAGUUUGUAUGGCUUAACAGUAUUUAUAGAUCUAGAGUGUUAAAUAAAGACAAAUCAAACUCGUAAAA